AGUAAAUCGUCACUCACAACCGGCAGCAUGCCUGAAACUCAUGCGUUAGUGCGACUUUUACGCCACAAAAACUAAACUUUUUAAUUCAUGCAUUGCUAUAUAUUUAUGUUUUCAGCGCAUCAGCGCGAGUCCUUGUCUAAAUUAUCAUCCUAGCUCGAAGUUUAGCUCCCCGGCUAACGCGGCUAACCUGACAUGUUGUAAACAACUGGGUCGAUAUGUCGUAUUCUCUCGUUAAAAGGUGGCGUGGGACGACACUCUUCAAGUGUGUCAAGCAGUUUGCAUUGUAUGAUAGGAAACAGCAUGCGUGUCACUUUAAAGGCUCAGUUUUAAGACGGUUGAAAAGGCUCCCUGUGGUCACCGGUGACCUCAAGAUGAUGAGCAGCCAAGCUGACAAGGAGGGUAUCGAUGUGGCCAAGUUCCCCACAGAUCGCAUCAGGAACUUUUGCAUCAUCGCUCAUAUCGACCAUGGCAAAAGCACUUUGGCUGACAGGCUGCUGGAGAUGACAGGAGCCAUCGCCAAGACUGCGAAGAACAUGCAGGUGCUGGACAAGCUGCAGGUGGAGCGGGAGCGGGGCAUCACCAUCAAGGCUCAGACUGCAUCAUUGCUGUACAACCACCAGGGGCAGCGGCACCUCCUUAACCUCAUCGACACACCGGGUCACGUCGACUUCAGCUACGAAGUGUCUCGCUCCCUGUCUGCAUGUCAGGGCGUUCUGCUGAUCGUCGACGCCAAUCAGGGAAUCCAAGCGCAGACUGUUGCCAACUUCUACCUGGCCUUCGAGGCUCAGCUCACCAUCAUCCCAGUCAUCAACAAGAUUGAUUUGAAAAACGCAGAUCCAGAGCGAGUGGAGGCCCAGAUCGAGAAGGUGUUUGACAUCCCAGCUGAAGAGUGUAUCAGGAUCUCUGCUAAACUAGGCACCAACGUGGAUAAAGUUCUGCAGGCAGUGGUGGAGAGGAUCCCUCCACCUGCGGCCAGCGUGCGUGACCCCUUCAAAGCCCUGGUGUUUGACUCCAAUUUCGACCACUACAGAGGUGUGGUGGCCAACAUCGCCGUGUUCGGAGGCCGGGUGCAGAAAGGCGACAAGAUUGUGUCGUCGCACCUGGGGAAGACCUACGAGGUCAACGAGCUGGGCCUGCUGCGGCCAGAUGAGCAUCCGACUCAGAAACUGUUUGCUGGUCAGGUGGGCUACUUGAUCGCUGGAAUGAAGGACGUGAAGGAAGCUCAGAUCGGAGACACGCUCUACAACCAGCAGGAGCCUGUGGAAGCUCUUCCUGGGUUCAAGCCAGCCAAAGCCAUGGUCUUCGCUGGCAUGUAUCCCAUGGACCAGUCGGAAUACCCCGGCCUUCGCAGCGCCAUCGACAAGCUGACCCUGAACGACUCCAGUGUCACGGUGCAGAGAGACAGCAGUCUGGCCCUGGGAGCCGGCUGGAGACUGGGCUUCCUGGGUCUUCUUCACAUGGAGGUUUUUAAUCAGCGGCUGGAGCAGGAGUACAAUGCCUCUGUUAUUGUCACAGCGCCCACGGUUCCCUACAAGGCCAUUCUGUCGUCGCCAAAACUCAUCAAGGAGCACGGUGCUGAAGAGAUCACCAUCGUGAACCCUGCACAGUUCCCAGACAGAUCAGUGGUGUCUGAGUACCUGGAGCCCAUGGUGCUGGGAACCAUCCUGGCUCCUGAAGCGUACACCGGGAAGAUCAUGGCUCUCUGUCUGAACCGCAGAGGAACCCAGAAAAACAUGGUUUACAUCGACGAGCAGCGCGUCAUGAUGAAGUAUCUGUUUCCUUUAAAUGAGAUUGUGGUGGACUUUUACGACCAGCUCAAGUCCAUGUCGUCUGGAUACGCCAGCUUUGACUACGAGGACGCAGGCUACCAGGCGGCAGACCUCAUCAAGAUGGAGUUCCUGCUGAACGGACGUCCCGUGGAGGAACUCACCACCAUCGUGCACAAAGCACGUGCGUACAGCGCGGGGAAAGCCAUGUGUGAGCGACUGAGAGACUCUAUACCGAGGCAGAUGUUUGAGAUCGCUGUGCAGGCUGCCAUCGGGAGUAAAAUCCUGGCCAGAGAGACAAUAAAAGCUUAUCGGAAGAAUGUCCUCGCUAAGUGCUAUGGCGGCGACAUCACUCGGAAGAUGAAGCUCCUGAAGAGGCAAGCGGAGGGCAAGAAGAAGAUGAGGCGCAUCGGCAAUGUGGACGUCCCCAAAGAUGCCUUUAUCAGUGUCCUGAAAAUGAACAAAUAAGCUUUAAAAUUAAAGAACACCAUAGAUGAUUAAAGUUUCAAACAUGAAUGUAUCUAUACAAGGUGACGUGAGGACGCUGAGGACGAGGAGAGUUCAUCUUCUUGUGUACUAAAGUUUGACCCCAAAAGGGUCAAUUACUUUGUGUCCUCUGGACUAAAUCAGCAGCUCAAACACGACUGAACCAAAGUCUUUUCCUGCUGACUGGUUGUCUCUCAGCUUCCAUGUGGAGCACUUUAAAUGCUGUAGACAGUUUCCCACAAUUUUAAACUAUUUUAAUCCAUAAACUUUUUAAUGCAGAAGGUCAUUGUCCUCUCUGGCUAAUAAUGUUACUGAUCAUAAACAGUCGAGAAGGUUGAUAUUUUAUAUGUUAAUAUUGCUGUAGCUGUCAACAGUUAUGGCAACGAAAUGGAAGAGUUUAGUGUAUGUUGUGAACUAAGAUUACAAUAAACUUCACUGUGCUCGUAACUCUGGCUAUGAUCAUAAAGAGCCACUUGGGGGCGUCAUUGUUAUAUACAUUUUUGUAAGCGCCAACUGUCGACACUCUUUAUGUUACAAAUAUUAUCCCCG